CUUCUCCCGUCCCAAAGUGAGGAAGCUAUGGCGGGGGACACCUCAACGGAGCUUCUUUUUCUCGAUACAUUUAAGCAUCAAAGCGCUGAGCUAACCAACGUGGAUGUUGUGCGGUUUCCUUGCGGGGUUUUGAUCACAGAGGUUCGGGUGAUUCCUCCAGGGAUCAAAGCUCACAGUAACUUACCCGACAACAGAGCAUUUGGGGAGACGUCUCCUCACGCUUUUCAGUUGGAGCUGUUCUUCAACAAUGUCACCAAACCCAACAGCCCCACCUUCCACAGGCUGGGCAGUUUGGAAUAUGAUGAAAACAAGUCCAUAGUCUUUAGGCCCAAUGGAAAGGUGAACACGGACGGGCUGGUGCUUCGCGGAUGGUACACCAGCCUGACUUUGGCGGUCUACGGCACCGCCGAGCGUCCUCACGGACACAACCACGGUUCGCCUCCUCCACCGCCGCCGCCUCCACCGCAACAGCCAACUGGGCUCAAGCGAAUUAUCAAACAAGAAUGGGAAAAAGAUGACCAGUAUAACGGCAGCCCGCCCAGACCAGCACCCCGAGGGCCUCGUACUCCGCCUGGACCUCCACCCCCAGAUGAUGAUGAGGAGGAGCAGCAAGUUCCUAUGGCAGUGGGCGUGGUCAAAGACGAACCGAGCCAGGGCCGUGACGACUACCUAGAACCCGUGUCGCCCGAGCGUUCGCUGCCCGCCGACGAGCCUUUCUCCGACGCUGAACAAGAGGAGGAAGGGGAAGAGGAGGAGGAGGAGGAAGAGCAGGAGGAGGAAGAAGCACGGACCGAGGGGAGCGUCCCAGAGGAGGAGGAAGAAGAGGAGGAUGAGGAUGAGGGUGAGGACGAGGAGGAGGAGAUGGAGGAAGGUGAUGACGGCUAUGAGCAGAUUUCCAGUGAUGAGGACGACUUGGACAACGGUAGCUUCAAGCUGCCCACCUUCGACAUCGACUACACGCCCGAAGACCUCGCCUCCGUCCCUCCCGUCCAGUACGAUCCAUACGAACGAGAACUCAAACCGCUCGUCUACUUCACGCCACCUUACAAGACUCGCUUCGACACCCAGCUGGAGAAAACCAGCGUAGAGGAGCCCAGAGAUGCCUGUGGGACAGAAGGAGCGGCUGGGGGAGAGGAGGCCGAGGCCGUCGCUCAACUAAAGGAGCUACUGGCCGGUAGCGGUGAGGACAGAGACGCUCGAUGGGUCACCGCUCUGGAGGAAGCUCCUGGACUCCUCAACAAAGGUUUAGCUUAUCUAAUCAAACAAGGAGAAGCCGAGGAGCCUGUUCGCGUUUUAGUCCUGUGGACUCUCCAGGCUCUGAGCAUGGAGAUCGCGCUCACGCAGCCGAUCGCGCUGAACCUCAGACAAUUAAAAGCCGGCGCAAAGCUGGCGUCCUGCCUGGCCGAGUGUCCGCAGGGCCUGGCAGAGCUGCUGCGUGAAGGCGCCCUGAACGUGCUGCUGGAGCUGCUGCAUGCUGACCACGUUUCCUCCACCCUGAAGCUCAGCAUCCUCAGAGCUCUGGACGCUCUCAUUGGUGCCCCCGCAGGAGUCGAGGCGUUUCUGCAGGCUGGGAAUUCAGAGAAGAGUGGCUAUCAGCGUCUGGUGCAGCUGUUCCUGCGUGAAGAAACCGUCCGGGUGAUAAAUGCAGGAAACGCCAUUUUACAGAAAAGCCACAUGUAUGAGGUGCUUCUCAGCCUCCAACAUGCAGCCGCAGCGUGGAGCGAACCUCAGCAGGAGGAGAUGGAGGAUGCUGAGAGUCCCAUGGAGGAGGAGCCAUCACUGAGCUCUGCCCCCGUUAGCGAGGCCGAGCUCGAAAGGCUUGCUGGGGUUUUGGAAGAGCUUCAUCACCUGCUGGAGACGGCCCCUCACUGCAUGGUGCAGCCCCCUGGGAAAGCGUUCCCAACUACGGCCAGAAUAACCGGACCGCCAGAGAGGGACAACCCUUACCCAACCCUGUACAGGUACAUGCACGCGUGUCAUUUCCUGGAGAGCACAAUCGUGGUUCUGUCAGCGGCCGCUGCAGCCGGACACGUCGGGGUCACUCAGGCCAUCAAAGAGCUCCUCCGCUUCCUGUCGCUCACGCAGCCCGGUCUGCUCUACCUCCUGGCUCAGGCCGCGCCCACAAACCUCCUGCUGCGUCUGCUGGCGUCGGUGGCAGAGUCUGAGGGCGAGGAGAGCCCGCCGGCGGCAGGGGAGGGGGCCCUCACGGGGCCGGGCUUCGGCGAAGAAGGGUUUUGCGUGUGGCUGAUGCAGGCUCUCCACUCGCUGCAAGGUGUGUCCGAACUCAUGAGCCACGUGGCUGCAGGGGGCGAAGGAGGGGCGGGCCUGGAGGAAGGGGACAACUCUGAGGUCCUGGCCACGCUCCACGCGCUGUACCUGAUGACGUUCACGCAGACGGGCCGCAGCGCCGUGGCUCACGUUCUGAGCCUAGAGAGCAACCUGUCCUGCCUCGUCGCUCUGCUGCAGCACCACAGCAAGGAGGCACAGGGUGAGGCCAAAUCUCGCAAAGCGGUGACGUACAACUAUGCUUGUAUGUUGGUGUUAAUGGUGGUGCAGACGUCUAAUGAGCUGCGGAUGAUGGAGCAGUAUGCUGCUCCGCUGCUCACCGUCUCCAAAGCAGAUGACACGAAUGCCAAGCUGCAGGAGCUUAGUAAGUGGUUGGAGCCUCUGGAGAAACUUCGCUUUGAGAUCAGCAGCGUUCCGACUCUCAUCAACUACAUCAAGCAGGUAAAGGUUUUCACAUCAGUGCAACUUUAACUGAAGAUGUUUUUGUUGUUUUAAUUUGUUUUGAAGGAUUUUUAUGUUGGGCUGCACAUUGGUGCAUUUGGUAG